AUGAAACAUCACUGUUUUCUACUAUUGCAACCCUCCGCUUCCUUACUUUUCGUAGUCUCAGCUAUAUGUCUGUUCAUAGGUGUAACGGGUGGUAUCAAUAUUAGAAAACGAUCUCAUGAUCUGCCAGAACUCAAAGCAUUUAAUCAACUGAAGCAGUACAGCUAUGUACUACAAGUGACCAUAAUCACAGGAGACAGUGCAAGGCUUAAGGAAGAUGCAAUCACCUGCGAAGAAGAGGAGAUAGCAAAGAAAAUGACAUUGCCUUCACCACUAGAUCGCCCAACCAUGAACAGAAUGGUGGAGAUGAUGGAAGGAAAUGUGGAUGCUCUUGUAAACCCUCCUAGGCCUGGCUUGCAAAUUCCCACAGCAACUCUUCAAGAAUCUUCAACGUUCUCAGAGGACAUUUCGGUUUAUACAGAAUAUGAUCCAUGA